AUGACCCCACUCAAGAUCGUGCUAGAGGGCAAAUCGUCCAUCACCCGCCAGCCGGAACGAGGUGCCCUCGUCUUCGUCGUCCAUACGAGUGGACCAAGCCGAGAAACUGUGUCCAAGGAGGCGAUCGAGACUGUUGAAACAAUUACAGGCUCACCGGUGACCACUUUCUCUUCCACCUCGCUACAAACAGACUCUAAAUUGCCGAGGGAUAAGUCGGGCAUGCCUCUACCUACAAUCUACAACGCGAUUAUCUCGCUCAACGCACUCUUCCAAGACUUCACGAAGCCUAGCGAAAUCAUCGCAAAGCUGAUUUCUUACCCCAAUAUCGACAUCAAGUCCCUCGAUUGGUGUCUCACCGAGGCGACGCAAAAGGCCCUGGAUUCCGAGUCCCAUGAGAAGGCAAUGCGGGGCGCCGUCGAGAAGGCAAACGAGUACACUAGGGUGAUUGGAAGAGAAUUCGUUGCGGUGGAAAUCAGCGAGUUGAGGGGCGGAGGGCAGUUUGAAAUGAGGUACAAUUCAAUUCCACACAUGCAGCAGAUGCAUCAGAUGCAGCAAGAACAGAUGACUCAGUCAGGCGUACAUUACUCAUCCAUGAUUGAUCCCCCUGCUUCUAAAUUGAAUGUCCAUACAGGUGCUUCCCCGGGACUUGAUUUGGGUCCGCAGUUAACUCGGUACACGAAUGCUGUGCAAGUUGAAUUUCAGGCUGUACGGAGUUGCGAGGCGUCCUCUUAG